AUGAAUUUCGAAUCUCAAGGUCAAUAUGAAUCACAAGCUCAGUCUCAACCUCAAACAAUCUCUGACCUUGAUAGAGAUAUUAAUUUAGAAACUCUGAAUUACCAACUAAAUGACCUUAACUUUCAUAAAACAGGAAGUAAUGCAGAAGAUUUGUUCACUCAGCCGCUCAAUAAUAACAGUAACAAUGAAAUGGACAGUGCUAAUGCAACAUCUGCAAUAUUAGGUAACCGGUUACCACUGAGUAGAUCUGCAUCUCUGCUAGAUUCCAUUGGCAUUCAGAGAGCAUCAUCUCCUUUCACUCCAAAAUCUAAAGAUGCAGGGUUAACAUCUACGCAAAGCGUACUGGGAUCGUCAAUAUUCAAUAAUUGGCAACACACAGCUGCAGCAACUAUCCCGGAAUCCCAACCAUCUAACCAACAGAUUCCAUUUCUAAGUCGUCAAGAUUCCUCUUCGUCAUUUAAUUAUCCUUCACAGCUUGCUAACUUUAAAAACCCCCUCAGUUCACAAUUUAUUGUGGAUACAGGAUACGUGGAUAGCCCGUUGAUCCAUAGCGCUACUCCAUUGACGUCAACAUCGCAACAACAAUCAAACUUAUUUGCUCCACAAUUGUACACUCCUUCUAGUUCAAACGUAAUGCCAAUCGUUCUGGAAUCGAAAUGGAAAUAUAUAGAUUCCACAGGAACAGUACAAGGCCCGUUCAGUACAUCAGAAAUGGCCAGUUGGAAUCAACAAGGUUAUUUCCAACCAGUUCUACAAAUUUGUAGAGUUGAUACAUCUCUGGAACCAUUAGGAAUUAAUGACAAGUUUAUUACUCUAGGCGAAUUAUCUGGCUUAGUCAAUGAUUUAAUAAAUCCAUUUAAUACAUUCGAUAAUUUAGUAGCUCGUAUGCCCAUCGAUUCACUGUCGAAAAAUAACAAUAAGGAAGUGGUGAAGCAAGAGGAAAAAUUAACUCUUCAGAAAGAGACAAUGUCCAAGGUUCUUGAAAAAUCAUUACAAACAAACACCAAAUCUAAAACAAAAUCGGAAGCGAAAAAUAAAGAACCGUCGAAGAAUGAUAAAGAGAUUCAAAAACCAGCCAUUUCUGAGUCAGAAAAAUAUGCCCAAGCACUAUUAGAAAGAGAACAUAAAAAGAAACAAAAUAAAGCUGACAUGGUUGCUAAACAAUUAUUAGCAGAGGAAGAAAAGAGGAAACAGAAGCAAAAGGCUGAUCAGGAGCGGAAAAAGGAUACUCAAUUAUUUUCUGCAGAUCACAAGAACAAUACUGAUCAACAAAAGGAAAAAGUAAUCCGUGCGACAGUCAAUGGAUCUGGGGAAGAGGAUAUUAAGAAUCAGUCUUUGAAUAAAUGGUCUACUACGGCUACCACGACGAAUCUAAAAAAAACUAAUGACUUAACUUCAUCUACUCCGGUGGAAGAAAAAAUCCAUUCUACUACUACUUCCGCUCAACCAAAAAUUAACUCAGAGUCACUAGAAAGCCUUCCAAGUAAAUCACAAUCUAAGAACGAAAAACCUGAAACCGAAGAAUUUGAUGUAAGCUUCAUUGAAGAACAAAAGAAAAUUUGGGAAUCUGUUAGACGUACUAGCAAACCUUCAAAAAAUACAACGAAAGCCAGCAGUAUCAAUAAUGCAUGGACUACAGUCACAUCUAAGGCUAAACCUACCUCAACAAAAGCACAAUCAACUAUUAAUAAACCAACGAUUGGCUCUUUCACAGUUAAUCCAAAUUUGAAAGCGAAAACAGUCGUUAGCGCUGCCAGUCCAGCAGCAUCCAAUGGAAUCAAUCCCGGAAUUUCACCUCGUCAAGAAUUCUUAAAAUGGUGUAAAUCUCAAAUGAAAUUGAAUCAAGGAAUUACCUCCAAUACAGUAUUAGAAUUAUUAUUGAGUUUACCUUCAGGUCAAGAAUCUAAAGAAUUGAUCGCAGAGACUAUAUAUGCGAAUAGUGCAGUUAUGGAUGGUAAUAGAUUUGCCACUGAAUUCAUCAAGAGACGUAAUGAAUGCGAGAAGCAUCAUCAUGAGGAUCCUUUGAGUUGGAACGAAGCUUUGGCGUUAUCUGGGAACGAUGAUUCCGAUUGGGAAUUUCAAACUGUGAAAAAGAAAGGUAGAAAACAUUAG